UUUGCCAUUUCUUCACAGAUCACCAUGGACGAAGUUGCACGGAGACUAACUUUCUUUGGCCUUCUGUUCACCUUUGUCAACUUGGCUGCUUCAAACAAGAAACAAGGUAUAGAUAUUUACAGCUUCCACAUUAACUCUACGGUCACCAGCCGCUAUGCUACUACAAUCAUCACAAGCCGUGUGACAAAUGUGUUGAAUCAGUCUCAAGAGGUCUAUUUUGAAGUCAAGAUUCCCAAAGAUGCCUUCAUUAGCCAGUUUAGAAUGACCAUAGAGGGGAAGACAUUUGAUGGGGUUGUGAAGGAGAAAGAAGAAGCUCAGCAGCAAUACAGUCAAGCGGUAUCUCGAGGACAAAGUGCUGGACUGGUCAGUGCUGUUGGAAGGACCUUAGAGGACUUUAAAACCUCAGUGACGGUGGCUGCUUUUAGUAAAGUGACCUUUGAGUUGACCUACGAGGAACUGCUAAAGCGUCGCCUCGGCAAAUAUGAGCUACUCAUCAAUGCCCAACCGAUGCAGCCGGUGGCUGACUUCAAGAUUGACAUACACAUCCAUGAGAAUCCAGGAAUUUCCUUCUUGGAGGUCAAAGGUGGUCUGAGCACUAAGGAUCUGACCAAUGCAGUCACAGCCAUCAGAGCAGACAAAGAUGCAUGGGUGAAGUUUUACCCCACCCGUGAUCAACAAACAAAGUGUGAUGACUGUAGUAAAAAUGGUCUUAAUGGCAACCUGAUCAUUAUGUAUGAUGUUGAGAGACAAAAACAAAGUGGAGAUAUGACGGUAUCAAAUGACUACUUCGUCCACUACUUUGCACCUACAGAUAUUCAGCGUAUUCCCAAAAAUGUGGUGUUUAUCAUUGAUGAAAGUGGCUCCAUGUCGGGCAAAAAAAUAGAGCAGACUCGUUUGGCUAUGCUGAGGAUUUUGAGUGACCUUGCCGAGAAUGACCACUUUGGAUUGAUCACGUUCAGUGGUCAUGUUCAAACCUGGAAACCUGAACUCCUAAAAGCGACUGAAGGAAACGUGGAAGAAGCAAAGACGUUUGUGCAGAGAAUUAGGAGUGGAGGAUCUACAGACAUAAAUUCUGCAGUGCUAAAAGCUGUGGACAUGAUUAACAAAUACCCACAAGAGGGAUCCGCAUCCAUCCUGAUCCUGUUGACUGAUGGAGACCCCACUAAAGGUGAGACCAACCCAGAGAAGAUUCAGGAAAAUGUGAAAAAGGCGAUUGGUAAAAAAUUCCCUUUGUACAGUUUGGGAUUUGGGUUUGAUGUCAGCUUUGAGUUCCUGAAGAAAUUGUCUUUGGAAAAUAAUGGUGUUGCUCGCAGGAUCUAUGAGGAUUCUGAUGCCGAUCGACAGCUGCAGGGCUUCUACGAGGAAGUUGCCAUCCCGCUCUUGACUGAUGUCCACCUUAACUACCAGGGGGUGGCCAAUUUAACCCAGUCCACUUUCAACCAGUACUACAAUGGUUCUGAGAUUGUGGUAGCUGGUCAGAUUACUGAUAACAGUCUGGAAAGUUUCACCACUGAGGUCAUUGCAUUAUCGAAAAGCACUAAGGUGGUAUAUCAUAGCAGUGUACCUACAGUGGACCUCAGUAGUGGCAGACCUGAACACGAGAAUUACAUUAAAAGAUUAUGGGCCUUUCUUACAGUGAAGCAGCUACUGGAAAAAAUGGUGCUUCUAAAAGGCCUGGAAAAAGACAAUGCGAAGAAAGACGCUCUUCAUCUUUCUCUGAAGUACAAAUUUGUCACACCGCUUACAUCAAUGGUGGUUACCAAGCCCCAGGAUGAAGAAAUGCAGGUUGCCCACAAACCCAAAGAGGAAGAGAAGCCAGAAAGAGGUUCAUACGGAGCAAGAAGACAAAAGUCCAUGCCCAUUCAUGCAAAGUCUCAAGAUUUGCUUCUUGCCUCCAGCGGUAUAAGGCAACAUGGUACUGCACAUCACUUUUUCUUUUUCUUUUUCUAUUAUUUCAUUUCAUGUGACAUUGAAAUCCCUGUUUAUUUCAAACCUAUUUAUAACUCUCUUAAAGUGUUAGUUCACCUAAAAAUGAAAAUUAGCCUGUGUUUUACUCACUCUCAAAGCAUCCUAGGUGUAUAUGACUUUCUUCUUUUAGACGAAUCCAAUUGGAGUUAUAUUAAAAAUUGUCCUGGCCCGCGCACCUCUGAGAUAUGCUAGUCUCGCGAGUUUGUUUAAAGGAGCAAAGGAAGCAAAGUUUCCUUACUUUAGCAAAGGAAAGCCAAUCUCCUCUUGGCUUAUAUCGAAAUCCUCCAACAUUUUUCUUUACAAAUCCUUGGUUUGUACUUCUAAUUCAUGACCGGCGUUUUGUUUUGUUCUCUCUCCACGUUCGUCACUAAUCAUGCAGCGCCGACGUCCUACGUCCUUCUGCGUACGACAGUCAGCCGAAGUGAGAAAAAAGUGUUUAUUACGUUUGCAAUAUGGAUAUUUUUCUUACAAAAAUGCAUCUAUUCACUACAGGAGGCCUUUAUUCAUCAUAUUAUGGAUGCGCGCACUUUUAUUUCACGUCUUCUGGACUGUUGACAAAAAGCACCCGCUUACACCAUUGUAAGGUUUGGAGGGGCCAGGACAAUUUUUAAUAUAACUCUGACUGGAUUCGUCUAAAAGAAGAAAGUCAUUACACUUAGCAUGCUUUGAGGGUGAGUAAAAGACAGGCUAAUUUUCAUUUUUGGGUGAACUAACCCUUUAAUAUUCAUAGAGCCCCGGAGGCCAAUGGGACUAAGAAGACCCACUAUGCACCGUCUACACAUGGUGAAAGCUUUUUUACAAUUACCAAGUACAACUCAGAAACCUCUGACAACCUCUCCUCCAUUGAGGAGCAUUAGGAUCUUCUGGUAAUGCUAAGCC